UCUUGACUAAGGCUGCUCUUGCUCGCGUUACAUCACUCCCUGUCAGUCCCUCGCGUGAGCCUCCCCCCUACUUUCUCCUCCUCUCCUCCUCUCCCCUUCCCAAGGCCAGAAGUAAACACUGAGCAGGAGCCCGGGAUCUCUUUCCCCUUCUCGCAGAACCCUCGCCGUCUACACCGAACGAGAGGAAGCGGGUUUGCCGCCUGUCGGAGCGACUCGCCCCUCCCCUUCCGGCUGCCCGCGGGACUGCUGAUUGAAAAGUCGGUGGUUCGAAUCUGUGGAGAAGGGUGAGCUCCCAUCUGCCAACUCAAGCUUCCAUUUGGGGACAUGAAAGAAGCCUCCCACGGAAUGAUGCUUCAUUUCUCAUUUUGGAAUUUUUUGUCAAGCAACAUCAGAUAAGAUUCAACACACUGAAGUUGCUUGUGGAUCCACUAAGGUCUCUUUCAGAGGCAUCUCAAUUUUCCAAGGAUUAUUGUAAGAAUGGAUAUGUUCAUCGUGAUCAUAACUAUACUAUAGAAGCGAGAAGAAUGUGAACCCGUCUACGGAAGACCAUCAUGGGUCCGACACAGCUUGUGGCACAAAGUCAUGGGAAGAAGACAGGUGUAUUUGACAUGGAGGAGAAAGGCUUUGCACUUUUCCAUAGCUCAGAGAUUCCACUUGAGCAUAUAGAAAAACCACCCCUGAAACGGAAGAAGGGCCCAGCGCCCAAGAUGCUUGGGAAUGAGGUGUGCAGCGUAUGUGGCGACAAGGCUUCUGGCUUCCACUACAACGUCCUGAGCUGUGAGGGAUGCAAAGGAUUUUUCCGACGCAGCGUCAUCAAGGGAGCGCACUAUGUUUGCAAGAAUGGUGGCAGAUGUGAGAUGGACAUGUACAUGCGCAGAAAGUGUCAAGAGUGCCGUUUGCGCAAAUGCCAGGAGGCUGGCAUGCGAGAGCAGUGUGUUCUGUCUGAAGAGCAAAUCCAACUGAAGAAACUGAAGAAGCAGGAAGAUGAUCAGGCCCGGAUGGUGGUCGUGCGCCAGAACCCACCAUCUCCUGCAGCCCCCCCUCCUCAAAUGACAUCGGAGCAGCUUGACAUGAUAGAAAAACUGGUGUCAGCCCAGCAGCAGUGCAACCAACGCUCUUUCUCAGACAGACUCAAAGUGACGCCGUGGCCUCAAAUUUCAGAUCCCCUUCAUCGUGAAGCACGGCAGCAACGGUUUGCUCAUUUCACGGAGCUUGCAAUCCUUUCUGUGCAGGAGAUUGUGGACUUUGCUAAGCAGUUGCCAGGUUUCCUUGAGCUUACCAGGGAAGAUCAGAUUGCUCUUCUGAAGACAUCUACAAUAGAGGUGAUGCUGUUAGAGACAUCUCGGCGCUACAGUCCAGAAACUGAAAGUAUCACUUUUUUGAAGGAUUUGAGCUAUAAUCGAAAUGACUUUGCCAAAGCUGGCCUUCAGUUUGAAUUCAUUAACCCCAUUUUUGGAUUUUCAAAGGGAAUGAAUGAUUUGCAGCUUAAUGAUGCUGAAUACGCACUUCUAAUUGCCAUCAGCAUUUUUUCUGCAGACAGGCCAAAUGUUCAAAACCAGCACCUUGUGGAAAGACUGCAACAUACCUAUGUAGAAGCCCUUCAUUCUUAUAUCUGUAUCCACAGACCAAACGAUCAUCUAAUGUUUCCACGGAUGUUAAUGAAACUGGUCAGUCUUCGGACUUUAAGUAGCGUUCAUUCUGAGCAAGUGUUUGCUCUUCGGCUACAGGACAAGAAGCUUCCACCACUUCUUUCAGAGAUCUGGGAUGUGAAUGAAUGACCACACUGUCUCAGGGCUGUGACCUUCUGUAGGAGCUCUGCCAUUUACCUAUUGCUAACAAGAGCCUGUCAUCUCUUCUCUAAAAUGUGGAAGUGAUGUGGACGUAGUCCUGCGGUUUCUUUGCUCUGAAGAGACAAUGUAGAAGGGAAACGAAGUGGACCCAGUGAUGCUUUAGUCUUUGAGUAAUGUGACAACAACUGAAAAACCUCAACAUAGCAGAAAUGAAGAAUUCAACCUACUAAUUUUUCCAGUGCCUUUCUCCUUUCACAUAAUUUCUCUGAGUUUCAUUUCAAGGACACACCAUCCAGACACACACAGCUUUCCUGGACUAUCAAAAACAAGCCUCCCUCCGUAUCCAUGUUUUGUAACUUCAUAGGAGUUUUUCUGGGCUGACUAACACACGUUAACCUUUCAAAUAAUAGUUUACAUUUGUGGUA